AUGACUCCCCCGAACGGUAAUGGCUCGGGCUCCCAUCGGAGAUCCUCAACGAGGACGUCCGGUCGGCUGUCCAUAAGCGCCCGAAGCGACGAUGAUUACGAUCUGGACGCCCAUGCCGUCUCCGAUGGCUUCCGGCCAGCACAGGCUGGCUUCAGGCCGACCGCUUCACAGCCAUAUCCCACAAUACCACAGCCGCCGCCCCCCGUGGCCACAAAGGGCAAUCAUGAGCCGGAACGCCCGUCGAGCACAUCAAAGCCUCCACGCGCCCACGACUCGCUGACGCUACGGAACGAUGGCUCAAGCUCUGCUCGUCAUUCGAACGGCAGACCGGUCUUGCCCAGCCUGGCGACUGGCACGCCGCUCAUGCAUGUAGAGACUCCGUACGAAGGACCAACUGGGCCGUCGCACCCGUACGAGAUGUAUCCGCAGAGGACAUUCAGCAACGCAUCGACGGCUACGGCCCCCCGCGUCGAUCGGCAGUCAUACCACGGACCCCGUGGCCCGACGCACCCUUACGCCCUCUACACUCAGAAUACCACGACAAACGAAGAGCCUGAGGAGCAGACACCCCCAAACCACAUCCCGGUCGGCUUUACGGGCAUGGGUGCCAGCUACCGCCGGCAAAUUGGGCCUGACGGUGAAGAGGCUGGUGAUCUGAUUGGGCCUCUGGGCCAUUUGGAGGAACUGCCGCCCUACACGAGAUAUGCGGAAGAUUCUUUUGCCAGAAAGUCUCCCGAGCCCGUCGCCAAUCUGUCCCCGUCUCCCGUACAGCCUAUUCCCGGCGCUGGCGGAAUUGGAAUCGCAACUCGCGACCCCGAGUUCUCCUCAACGGAGGAUGACCUCGGAAUGCCCUCACGUCCCGUAUCACGGAGCGAGAGUCACCACGAAGUCAACACAGCAGCGCGUGAGUACUCGGAAAAGAAGACCAUGACCAAGUGGCAGCGGAGAGCGAGGAGAAAGCUCUGGGGCAUCGUGCCGUACUGGUCUAUUUUCCUGCUGCUGGUGAGCAUCGUCAUCAUGGGCAUCGUCAUGGGCGCUGUUAUCGGGACUGUUCUCGUUGGCCAUAACCGUGACAAUGGCUCGCCAGGGGACGAGCAACCCGACAUGGAGCCAACCGGCACUCCCUCCGACGUCAGGCCGCUUACCGCGCUACCCACCGGCCUACCGCCCCUGGCCACAGGAUACUUCUCCCUUCCACCACUCGACACCAGCCAGGCGCCCAAGUCGUGUUUCGUUGAACCGACGCAGGCACAGGCAUGGAGUUGCGACAUGCCGUUCCGAUUCUACUCUAUGGACAUCCGACAAGAUCCAAAGGCUCCACAGACUUGCAACUAUGAGCUUACUCUGACUGCCUUUAAGCCAUCGACGGCGAAGUUCAUAUGGGGGACACAGCCCCCGGACGUCCCGGAUCCUCAAUCUCUCCAGCUUGUCGAGGACAACUUCGAGAGGGGCCGCGGUCCAGCGUGGUGGCUCAGCCUCACCUACAACAAGACAGUCAUCGUCUCGGAAGAGGCCUUCCCCGGUCAGAAGAGCAAACGAAAUUGGCAUUAUUUUGACACGCCCAUGGCAGGCAUCGACCCGACCAGGUUUAAGAAGAAGAAUGUCGGUGCCAAGGAGGGCGACAAGCCGUGGAUCUGCACGUGGCCAAACACGUCGCUCGAGAUAUUUGUCUACCCGUCUCAAAACGCCAGCUCCUCCACAAAAGGGAAACCGUCGGCGACCACGACAGCCUCCAUCGACAAUGCUACCCCGACCGGAGAUGCGGCUCCUGAUCACAUUCCCGCCUACCCCAAGGUCGUCAAAUUUCUGGAACGUCGAUACAAGCAACCAAACUCGACGGCUGUCUGUAGACAGGUUCAAGUCACCGACAAUGGCCAUGGAGUGCAGCCACUUUUCGGCUCCGAUGGCAAACCGAUAGAAGUGACUAUCGCGGAGCGCCGCAGAGGUCUGGAUGAAACGCUCAUGGAGCACGACCGUUACGGCCAGCGAGACAAGCGUUUCCCCACGAGCUUCUUGUCAAGGGAGGCUCUGGAGCUCACCGACUGCGGCUGCCUGUGGUGGUCUACCUGA